AAGAUGGCUGGGUUGACCGGCGCCGGGCCUCCGAGCGGACCAAUUGGUUGCCUCGAGCGAGACGUUGGCGUUUGAAAUUAGCCAAUGGCAGUCACACGCUGGAGCUUCCUCUCCGCCUCUUCUCGCCCAGCCCGCGAGUACUCGGAGGAAAGCGAGGAGGUGGUGGUGGCGGCCAGCAGCGGCUAAGUUGCUUCGAGGGGGAGUCCAAGAUGACCGGUUCUAACGAGUUCAAACUGAACCAGCCACCCGAGGACGGCAUUUCCUCGGUGAAGUUCAGCCCCAACACCUCCCAGUUCCUCCUGGUCUCGUCCUGGGACACGUCGGUGCGCCUCUACGACGUGCCUGCCAACUCCAUGCGGCUCAAGUACCAGCACACCGGCGCCGUCCUGGACUGUGCCUUCUACGAUCCAACACAUGCUUGGAGUGGAGGAUUAGACCAUCAAUUGAAAAUGCAUGAUUUGAACACUGAUCAAGAAAAUCUCGUCGGAACCCAUGAUGCCCCUAUCAGAUGUGUUGAAUAUUGCCCAGAAGUGAAUGUGAUGGUGACAGGGAGUUGGGAUCAGACAGUUAAACUGUGGGAUCCCAGAACUCCUUGUAAUGCAGGGACCUUCUCUCAGCCCGAAAAGGUGUACACCCUCUCAGUGUCUGGAGACCGGCUGAUUGUGGGCACUGCAGGUCGCAGAGUGCUGGUGUGGGACUUACGGAACAUGGGCUACGUACAGCAGCGCCGGGAGUCCAGCCUCAAGUACCAGACUCGCUGCAUCCGGGCAUUUCCCAACAAGCAGGGCUAUGUAUUAAGCUCCAUAGAAGGCCGAGUGGCAGUUGAGUACUUGGACCCAAGCCCUGAGGUGCAGAAGAAGAAGUACGCCUUCAAGUGUCACAGACUGAAGGAGAACAACAUCGAGCAGAUCUACCCGGUCAAUGCCAUUUCCUUUCACAACAUCCACAACACAUUUGCUACAGGUGGCUCUGAUGGAUUUGUAAACAUUUGGGACCCAUUUAACAAGAAGCGGCUGUGCCAGUUCCACCGGUACCCCACCAGCAUUGCGUCUCUGGCCUUCAGUAACGACGGGACCACGCUCGCAAUAGCAUCGUCGUAUAUGUAUGAAAUGGAUGACACAGAACAUCCCGAAGAUGGUAUCUUCAUUCGCCAAGUGACAGAUGCAGAAACAAAACCCAAGUCACCCUGUACUUGACAAGAUUUCAUUUACUUAAGUGCCAUGUUGAUGAUAAUAAAACAAUUCGUACUCCCCAAUGGUGGAUUUAUUACUAUUAACAAAGAAACCAGGGAAAUAUAUUAAUUUUAAUAUUAUAAGAACCUGAAAAUAAUGGAAAAGAGGUUUUUAUUGAUUUUUUUUUUUUUAAAUGAACACUCUUAAGUGCAUGAGAUGGUUGAUGGUUUGUUGCAUUAAAGGUAUUCUGGGCAAACGAAAUUGGAGGGCAGUGACCGCACUUUUGAGAAUCAGUUUUGACCUUGGUAAUUUUUGUUUCCGCUGUGGAAAUACAUGUUUGUAAAUAAAUAUAGGUAAUAAAAA